UAUGCUAAUUGCGUGACGAAAUGAAGAAAAAAUGGCGGCGCCCAUGGUUGCGUUAACUCGCCUUGCUUCAGUCAUGCUUCAGUUAAGUUGCCGUCAUACGACGCACAGAAAUGACUAGGAAUUCUUGUGCGAUAUGAUCUGAAGCAUCUCAGCUAAGCAGCAGCAUUACUUACCACACAAUGGAUGAUCUUUGCAGACCAGCCCUCUUUGUUCCUAUGCACAGGAGGGGCUCUGAUGAAGAGGUCGACAUGUCACGACCCCCGACAUCAGCUGAGGAAUAUCUCCGCAGAGUCAGAUUGGAAGCCCAGAGUUGUCCAAGCACUGUUGUUGCCGACGUGGACCGAGAUGUGUUCAGAGGAAAGCAGACGAUCAUGUUUUCAAACUCCACAGGAUUCAGUCCCGCCCCCUCUGGUUACGCCCCGGCUAUUGAGUGGCAAAGAUACCAGGCAGCGUCAUUCUCUGAGCUGAGGCAGAAACUAGGACAUCAUAGGUCAAAGGUCGCAAGCCAGCCUAAGAGUGGCAGACCUACACUGCCAAGAUUACAAGAACAGGGAGGCUGGUGCAUCUUCUGUUUUGGUGAUGACUUCUGGCGGAGGUUGCGCUCACGUAGAGGAGAACGAACAACAGAAGAAGAACAAGAAAACAGUGACGCCAUAGCAACGCAGGAAGCAGGAAUACAUAAAGGUGUCCCUCCGCUACUCAGCAUUGUCUCUGCAAUGGAACAGCCAAUGGUCUACCAGCUAUUAGAGUACCACAUCGAGUGGCUGAACCAUCUCGGCUUCAGUAUCUCUCAGGGAUGUUGGCUCUUUGCUCUCAUAGCUUGUCUUGAGAAACCUCUUCUCCCUGAGGCUGCAUCCAUGCUACGGACCUUGGCUCGGCAGUGCUCGGCACUACGCGCGUCACUGGAAACAUCGGAGGACCAACGCUUGGCACCUCUCAAUCUUCUGAUCUGCUUGGUAGCGAGGUAUUUUGACCAAUCGGACUUGGCCGACAAUGGAUGAACGUUUAAUCCUCAUGACUUUGAUAUAUAAAACUGUGUGGAUGGAGUUCCUAUUUGCCUGAGCUGUUUGACCAAGCGUAGUCCCUGUAUCGUCACGCAGCAUCCCAGCACUGUGUGGAUUCACCAUGGAGUAAAUACAGUGUGGUACAAUGUCAUACAAUUGCCAAUGGGUUAUUACGCUAACAGUAUUGUCUAGCUGUGACGACUGGCAAAUCACGUCACCAACACAAAGGAGCAACACCUUGCUAUAUCAACACAGUGCAAUGGAAUUAAAUUUGAACCUUUCUGUUGAUGAGCAAGUAUCGUGUGUUACACGUACAUCGUUACACCAAAGGAUAUCUUUUUGACUUGGUUUUGUUUAAUAUUCAUCGUGAGGCAUUGGAAGGCCAUGUUGUAGAAAAGCAGCUUUGAGAAUGCACA